GAUUAUUAACUGUGAAAGCUUUUGUAUAUAUAAACUGUAACUAGCCAGUAAUGUACCUUGAGGACUAAAUCAUCCUUAUUAUCUAGAAAUCUAACACAGCAAAUAAGGAGCAUACUCAUCAGUCAUUUUUAAUUCGAACAUCAUUGAAAGAGCAUCGUCCUCAAAGUGAACAACAACAACACCAGUGACAAAGUUGUCGGUGAACAUGGUUGCCCAAGAGUUUAUAAACUUUUUCUCGAGCCUACAACUUCCUGUAUCAAUUGGCAUUGAAGAUUUCGCUGAUCGACUAAGUAUAUUUACAACUCUACUGUUUCUGUUGGCCACUAUAGUUGUUACUGCUAAACAAUACGUCCUAGGCUCAAUGUCAUGUUAUGUGUCUGUUUCACCAUCUGGCAGUGGAUUUGAAACAUUUUUAGUCAACUACUGUUGGGUGCAUGGUACUAUACCAUUGAAAAGUAAUGAACCUAUCCCAGAAACUGAUGAACAAUGGAAAGAUUAUGAUACACAUAGAAGGAUAAGUCAUUGACCAUCUCUAAAUGGUAUUGUUAUUAAAUGUGAACCCUAUAGAGUAGAGCUGUUGAUGAAGACCUAACUGAAAAGAAAUAUUUCUUCUCUCAAUUUGUCUUUGUUCAAAACUGUCCUAAUCAGAAACAUAGUUGUGCUUAAGAAACCUGGUGGUGCAGAAUGAUGCAUGUUCAAAGUCUAACCUGCUUACUACCUCUGUGCCUUAGAAAUAUAUUUAUAACAAAUUGAUUCUCGACACAAUGCACAAAUUUAUCAUGGAUGUGGUUUUUUAGAGUUUAAUUGUGGAGACUAUGUCAACCAAUGCCUAGCUUGUUUUUCCUAUUAAACCAAUCAGAUUCAUCUACACACGCAUGUCAUUGUUUGUGUCAAAUGUGUCUGGCCAACUACAUGCAUUUUCUAUAAUAACCUUGAGUUAAAAGGUCCACGCACUACCCUCAGCUCACGAUUGAAGCAGUAGGCUCGGUAUGGUGGCAAAAGAUUUCAUAGAUUUCUUUUCGAAAUAUAGUUAUGGCAAUCGUGUUGCUGUUGAGGAUUUCUCAGACCGCUUAAAUCUGUUCACAGUUGUCCUCUUCCUCUUGGCAUGUGUUAUUGUCUCGACAAAACAAUAUUUUAUGAGCUCAAUCUCGUGUUAUGUCCCAGUAAAGCCGACGGGGGAUAAUUUUAACGCCUAUCUUGCGGAUUAUUGUUGGGUACAUGGAACUAUUCCAUUAAGACCAGAUGAAAAAUUACCAGCUACUCCUGUCGAGUGGGAUGAGUAUGAUCGUUUGAGACGGAUCACUUAUUACCAAUGGGUUCCUUUUGUUCUUGGUCUUCAAUGUAUUUUCUUCUACAUCCCACAUAUUGCAUGGCAAGCAGUUUGUGCGCAUCGGUCAGGUGGAGACCUUUUUGCUCUUGUGAAAGCGGCUGCAGAUGCAGCAAUUUCUGAACGUGGAUCUCGUAAGAGUCAAGUAAAACGUGUUGCUGAGUUUCUGGAAGACAUGAUUGAUGGUCACAAAGACUGCCGACAUGGUCGUCGAAUGAAUAUAACUAGACGUGCAUAUGAUAUGUGUGGAAUAUGUGUAGUAAGCAAACGUCUUGGUACAUGUCUUGUAUUUUCCUAUCUGUGCGUCAAAUUAAUCACAAUUAUCAAUGCCAUUCUGCAAGUAUACCUUAUUCAACGUUUUCUUGGAUUUUAUGCUGAUGGCAGUGCUGGGCAACGAAGCAUGCAGCUAGGCAAACCAUACGAGGCUAAUGCUGCAAUUGCUGCCAUGUCAAACCAUGAAAACGAAGAUCUAGAAGGUUUUGGAUUUGGUUUAACGGUUGCUAAUCACAUACGUGCUGGACGUGAUUGGCCGGAGACGAUCUUAUUCCCACGUGUAGCCUACUGUCGUGUACCAGGAAUCCGACUAGUCGGUUCUGAGAACGCAUAUACUGCUCAGUGUGCCCUACCUAUUAAUAUGUUGAACGAAAAAAUUUACAUCUUUUUCUGGUUUUGGAUCUGUUUCUUAAUUGCUGCAAGUAUCUUCAGUCUGUUAUUAUGGUUGGUAAGAAUGAUUAUUGCACCAAGACGUAAAGAUUUCAUAAAGCGUUUUCUACGUAUUAAAGGAAUUCGUUCAAGAACAGGAACUGAGAUUACACGUGCUGAUUUAGAUGAAUUCAUUGAUGAUUAUUUACGUCGUGAUGGUGUAUUUCUAAUACGUAUGUUAGCAAUUAAUGCAGGAGAUGUGAUUACAUCUGAAAUCGUUAUGGCUCUAUAUGAACACUACAUUGAUAAUGUCUUUUCGGUGGAUAAUACACCACAGAAAAGUUUAGAAAAAGAACCAUUAAAAGAUGGAGCUGGUAUACCACCAAACUAUGUAUAGUUUCUGUAUGUGUGUGUGUUGUACUACAUCUUUUCCAUGAAUUAGGAAUUUAGGAAUGAUGAAGUUUAGUCUGUUUUAAUCAAUACUAUACGCAACAACACCUAAUGCUCAACUUUUUACUGUUUACCUAUCUCAUGUUUUUGGAUUUUUGUGUUUUAUUCCAACCUUUCAAAUUCUGAUUUGUGUAAGUGAGCCUACACAUGGGAGUAUUUUAUAUACUGUUUCUUUUUUAAAACAAUUUUAUUUGCCUUUGAUUGAAAUCGUUCGUCUUCCAGCUUUUAUAUAACAUAAUAACUUCAUCUUUCCCAUAUUUUGUAGAGACUUUUACAUUAUCCUACAUACUACUCCUAUUUUUAAUACGAUUGAUUUCUACCGCCUUUUUUAAAAAAAAUACAUAAAUCUAGUUAUCUUCGUCAGCUUAGAGCAGUGAGUGUGGUGUCGUCUGGUGGAAAGUUCAUUGUGUGUGUGUGUGUGUGUGUGUGUAAGUGUGUGUACAUUUUCGUUUCAUUAUGAUGAUUCUUUUUAUACAUUACACUGCAUAGUACUACUUUUACAAUGCUCAAGUCCUUCUUUUUUUACUGUUCCCUUUAUUGUACCUGAUUACAAUCACCAUCUGCAAGUUUACAGUUCUGUAGCAGUAAAAAAAAAUACAUGUCUUCUUGGUAUAU